UUACCCUCUUUGCAGGUGGUGCGCCGCUGCCACCGGCCGGGCUCAUUGCUCCUGGCGGGGACACGCGCGCUCGCCCCGCGCGCUGCUGCUCCCGAGGAGAGCCGCGCCGCGCCGCCUCCCCGCUCCUGCCGCUUCCAUCGCUCUCCCUUAGCUCCCGGCCUCAAACUUUGCCCAUUCCGGGCUGUAAUCCGUUUGCAUCGCAACCGUCCCCUGCAGCAGCGCCCUGCCGGAGCUUGGGGGGAGAUGCGCCCUCCGCUCUAACCAGAGCGUUUACACACAAGUGGGAUCUGCCUCUGCUGCGAUCGGGGCCGGGUUCCAUCCCCCGGGAGCUCCUGCGUUCUGAGUGGCGGCAGCUGCACCAUCCCUGGGAAGUCAGCCCCAGAAGAGCCAGGAUUUCCCCCCGACCUUCUUCCCACUCUUCUUGCAAUAGCUGUUGGAAGUCACAGGCUCUCUCCGCAGCCCGAGAUCUUGCAUCGCCCUGCCUAGGUCCCACUGAUUUUUGCCUGUGGGUUGGGGACUUUUUUAAACCCUCCCCCCCCUUGCCAUCUGCUUUCCCUGGAGUGUUGUUUUUUCAGGGGGGCGGGAAGGCAGGGAUGCUUGGGGGAAGGUGGGACUGAGCUCCCCCCCCCAUUCCGUGCACAGUCCCUGCAAACAGCUAGCGAGCGCCGGGCAGACGGAGAGAGCCCGCUUUGCAGCCCGGGGUCAACGGGACCUUGGGAUUGUCCUUUGCGCUGCAGGUUCGGGGGGCUUGGUGGAGAAGGAGGAUGCAUUUCUUCCCGUGGGGAUUUUGGCUUCUGUGUGUCGCCGCCUCCUCGGCUCGGGGUGACAGUGGCAGCAAAGCGAAGAGCUGCACCGAGGUCCGGCAGUUUUAUGCGACCAAAGGAUUCAGCCUGCACGGGGUACCCCAGGCGGAGAUCUCAGGGGAACACCUGAGAAUCUGCCCGCAGGGCUACACCUGCUGCACCAGCGAGAUGGAGGAGAAUUUCGCAAAAAAAAGCCAAAGUGAAUUUGAAGACAUGAUGACAGAAGCCAGCCGCUCUGCACAGGUGACCCUAACAUCUCAGUACAAAAACUUUGAUGGUUAUUUCCAGGAUUUGUUGAACAAGUCAGAGAAGGCCCUCCAUGACACUUUUCCUAGCACGUAUGGAGAGCUGUAUAGCCAGAACGUCAAGGACUUCUUCAAGGAAUUGUACAGCGAGCUGCGGCGCUAUUACCGGGGCUCCAAUAUCAACCUGGAAGAGGCCCUCAACGAGUUCUGGACACGCCUGCUGGAGCGCCUCUUCAAGCUGAUGAAUCCCCAGUACCACAUCACUGACGAGUACCUGGACUGCAUGGUGAAACACGCCGAGCAGCACAAGCCCUUUGGAGAAGUUCCGAGGGACCUGAAGCUGAAGGCGACGAGAGCGUUCAUCGCAGUGCGCUCCUAUGUGCAGGGGCUUAGCGUGGGCAGUGAUGUUGUCAAAAAGGUCUCUCAGGUGUCUCUUAGCCAUGAGUGCACUCGUGCCAUAAUGAAGCUGGUGUACUGUCCGUAUUGCCGGGGCAUGUCUAGUGUGAAGCCAUGCAACAACUACUGUCACAACGUCAUGAAGGGCUGCCUGGCCAAUCAAGCAGACCUGGACACGGAAUGGAGGAACCUGAUUGAUUCUAUGCUGCUGGUGGCUGACCGGUUUGAUGGACCAUCCAAUGUAGACACUGUAAUUGGUACCAUUCACACCCGGAUUGCUGAAGCCAUUUCUAACAUGCAGGAAAACAGAGAGUCUAUCACAGCCAAGGUUUUCCAAGGUUGUGGAAAUCCCAAAAUCAGCACCAAAGCAUCCAGUGGAGAGGAUAAGAAAAGAAGGGGAAAAGCUGUCACCGAUGAUAAAUCCUCAGGGCUUGGACUGGAGAAGCUAGUUUCUGAUGCCAAAGGGAAGCUGAGAGAUAUCAAGGAUUACUGGGUUGCCCUUCCAAGCACACUUUGCAAUGAGAAAAUAACAUCCGGCUCGGUGAACGAGGACAAGUGCUGGAACGGAAUGGCCAAGGGGAGGUAUUUACCAGAGGUGAUGGGAGAUGGUCUGGCCAAUCAGAUUAAUAAUCCAGAGGUAGAGGUGGACAUCACCAAGCCAGAUAUGACCAUUCGUCAGCAAAUCAUGCAGCUGAAGAUCAUGACAAACCGACUGCGCAAUGCUUACAAUGGGAAUGAUGUGGAUUUCCAGGAUGCUAGUGAUGACAUCAGUGGCUCUGGGAGCGGUGAUGGCUGCCCUGAUGAGGUCUGCGGCAAAAGACUUUCCAAGAACCCCAGCACCAGGCAGCCAGAAGUACAUGCUAUUCCUAACCAGUCUGGACGUGGCAUAAAUGGGGCUAGCAGCAAAUUUUUGCCUUCCUCCUUCCUAAUCUUCCUUUCUGUGGCUGUUAUUGCAACACAGUACUUGCGGCGGUAACUUACUUGCACAGCCAUGAAAGAGACUGUGGCUGAGGUCUUAACUUUGCCAAAAAAAAAAAAAAAUAUUAAAAAAAAGGACAAUAUUUAAUUCAUCUUGGCAAAAAAGAGGGAGAAAAAAAAGGUCUCAAUUGUUUGUGAUAUCUGGCAGUGCUAGAGCUGUUUCAUCCUUGUUUGGUCUUUUUUGAAUGCUGGGCCCUUCUUUCCGUACCUCAUUUUUUAUUUCAUUGUUUUGCCACAAACAAGCCUUUGCAGAUAGGGGAAAAGAAAAAAUGAUCUUCAGAGGAUCACGAUUUGACUGACAGCAGUGGAAUAUGCAGUUGACCUAAUAUUGUUAUACAACCGUAGCCAAGAAUACCACUUACCACAUUAACAUCUAAAGCACGACAGGUUUAGAACAGUGCAACUUUUAAAAUUAGGACUGACAACAGCAGCAAGCACUCUGUUAUAUUCAGGAGCUAUUUCAUGGUUUUCUACUGUAUUUCUUAAGCAGGCAGAGAGAUGAUCCUUCACUCAUUUUCUUUGAUGUACAUUUUUCAACUAAUUUCUUAUGCUAAUACAAACUCGAUUAGCAAUGGGAUUCCUUAUCCAAGUGUUUGCAACCAAAAUGCAACAGUCCUUUCACUUACAAGUAAAAGGGUAGUUUUGUUUACUAAAAUUAGCCAUCAGUGGCAAUUAAUAAUGCUUCUACUUUCAAGUGAAUGGGAGUGAGUUUUAGAUUUUGCGUGAUAUUUGGAAACCACUGAAGUUAGCUAUUAAUGAUGGUCUAAUCUAGACCUGCAAUCCGCUAUCACAAUAUACAAUGUUGAGGUGAAAAUAUGCAGGGUGAGAUUUGUCAUUUGAGAGGUUUGUUUCCAACAGGAGACUGAAGCCCUUGUUAAUGACAAAGACAGCAGUAACCUUCUACCAAAGGGAUUGUUGCAAAUUGCUAUUUUGUGAAGUCUCACAUAUUAAUACACAUAGAGUUAUGAGGCCUAAAGCAAUAAGUUACAGUAUUGGGAGUCAGAGGGUUAUUACUUACUUCCCUUGGCAGUUUGUGUGCCCAGGAAAACAACUCAGAUGUAUAAUCUGGGCUUUGAGAGUUCUUUUUAAGUGAAUGCCUGCCCCCCCCCCCCUUUCACCCUCCAACUUCACCACUGCAGUGACUAAAGAAGAAAACUGGCCAGUGUCUGAGCUACACCCCCACAUUGAGUCAGUGGAUCAUCCAUCAGGAAUUAAAACCCAGGAUGUUUCUAGACCUUCCAGUCCUCUGCUCUAAGCAAUGGAUGCACAGCCUCCUAAUUUUAGCCAGUAAUUUUUCAUAGUUUAUUACAUGAGUGCCAGGAGUGGAUUCAACUAAAGGCUUUGUUUUUGUCAACAAAUGCUAUAUAUAAAUAUACACACAUACAUAUCUAUCUGUUAGGGGUGUCUGUGUUUACAGAGCUGUGCGCUUUGGUUCCCUAGCUGGCUUAGCUCAUUCGCAGAUACAGUAAACAUCAUUUGGAAAAGUAUCUUUAGGAAAUUUAUCUAGAGUAACAAUACAGUCCUACUGACUGUUUUUGGCAACGGGGAACCGUGAGUUUGGGCUCUGCUGUUACUCAUUUUGUCUAAUAUUGUGAUUUUUAUUUUUGGGGAGAAAGCAUAUCUUAUGUUUAAGACGUUUAUAGGCUUAUCAAACUUUUUAAACACUUCUGUGUCUUUCAUUAAGGGGGAAAAUGUGUUUUGAUGCACAACAAAAGAUUUGGGAAAAGCAGAAUUUGAUUUGUGCUGUCACUGUUUAUGGAAUGUGCAAUUUAAGGUAAGACUGUAGGAUCAGAGCACUAGGAAUGUUGAGAGAUAUUGCAAGAAAGCAAGUGUAGUGAAGUCCUCGUUCCCCUGGUUGAGUUAAAAUUCCUAGUUUGUUGGGCAACUACCACUGUUUCCUAAUCCAGCCACGUAAUGGGGGCUGACAUUUAUACUUCUGUAUCAAAACAUGGACUGUGUUUAGGCCAGUUAUGAGAGAGUCAUUGUCCCACAUUACACUUUGCUUCUGCACAGACAAUUUUAGAUCAUUUUGGUGUUGUAUUCCCAGGAUGCCACUACUUCUUAAAGCUAAAUUUGAGCCAGAGGUUUACAUUGCCGUUAGAUUUAAAUUAUCUGGCUCUGGACUGAAUUGAAGAAAGAUGAUGCUACUGGGCCUACCAUAAUCUGAGGUGUAAUUUCAUGCAAGUUUGCCUUUAUUGGUCUAGUUCAGUGAUUUUUGCCCAUGUUGCCAUUACACGUAUAAAUGAGCCUUCUAUUAUGUAACUCCUAACCCAGUUUCUGAGGGAGAAUGGAAAACAUGACAUGUCAAAAGGGCGUUAGAGUAGAUUUUUUUUUAAAUGAUAAAGAAAUUUGAGCACCACAGUCAAUAGUUUUAUAAAUAUUUAGUCGCCUAUGGCUGUACACAAUGGAAGAGAAAAAAAAUCUCUUUAUCAUGUAGUUGCAGCCUGUUUGAGCACUGACACACAGUUCAUGGCCCUGGGGGACUGUCUCAUUAAGUGCUUUAUCCCAGGGGUUCUCAACCUUUUUCUUUGAGCUCUUUCUCCCCGCCCCCCCGCUAUAAAAACUCCACAGCCCACCUCUGCCACAACAGGUUCUCUGCAUAUAAACGGCAGAGCCGGUGUUAGAGGGCAGCAAGCAGAGCAACUGCCUGGGGCCCCACACCACAGGCCCUCCCCCACAAGUUGCUCAGGCUUCGGCUUCAGCCCCAGGUGGCAGGGCUCAGGGCAUUGGGCUUCAGGGCCCUACCGGUAGGGCUAUGGCCUUCUUCCCUGGGCCCCAGCAAGUCCAGCGCUGGCCCUGCUUGGUGGACCCCCCUGAAACCUGCUCACAGCCUCCCAGAGAACCACUGCUAUAGCCCAUAUCAAGGGAGUAUGACUCACUUUGGAUUUGCUGCUUUGGAAGGGGAAGAGGGAAAAGGACCAUUCGCUUCUCUGUUAGCAAGAUGGUGAUUCUCAGUGUUUUGAAAAUACUUAGGGAUGCUGACGGGAUUUGUUCAUUUUCAUGUUCUUAUCUGAAUUUUUAAACACACACAUCCCUGCAAAGUGGAGAACCAGAAAAAUGGAUUUACAGGCAUCUCUGUCUUUAAACUUGCUCUUUUGUGCCAUAAUUUGUAUGUUUUAACUAAGGGUGGGAUCAUUAGCGGCUUUGAGAGCACAGAUAUUUAUCAUUUUACAAAUGACAAACAACCUAUUGUUUUCUGGUGGGCUUGGUAGGGGAUAAGGUAUAACAAAUAUCCGAAGUACACCUUUGCUUUAAAAAAAAAUGCAUUUCUAGCUGGAGGAUUAAGAUUUAUUUCACUUAUUGGCAUAGCUGGCCAGUUAUAUAUUUCUUUCUGUUACCAAGGUACUUGUAACUAUCUUGCACUGUUUAUCUAAAGUUGAAAUAUGUUCUUUGAAUCCUUGUAUAAAUAAAAAGGCUGGAGACUUAAAUCUA